AUGGUAGAGGGCUAUACGAUAAAUUUUGAAGAGUUAUUGUUUGACAUAUGCAGCAAGGAAGAUCGCGAUAUAGCUGGACGCGCUGCAGCACUCAUAUGGUACAUAUGGCAGAACCGGAAUGCAAAAGUUUGGAGCAACACGCAAUCCUCACCAGAACAGGUCGGGAACCACGCUUUCCAACUGUGGAAGAACUGGUUCGACUCUCUGCAAAUUCGCAAACAGACAAACCAGACGCGCGAUGGAUGGAUCAAAAUCAAUGUGGAUGCAGGAUUCUUUGAACACCAAGGUAUUACCACUACAACCUGUUGUGUUAGGAAGAGUAAUGGAGAGUUUCAUGCUGCACAAACAGGAAAAUAUAACUCUAGCGUGUCAAUACUUGAAGGUGAAGGAAUGGCUAUGUUAGAUGUUGUGGAACUAGCUAUUCUCAAACUUUAG